UUUGUCCCUGAAUCCACAGCUUGAUUACUAGAUUAGGGUUCUUGAUCUUGAUCCGUUAAACCCUAAAUCCCCAACUUUUUUGCACUAAUCUUCACUGCCUGGAUCUCUGAAAAUUGGGGUUAUUGACAUUUUUUUCUAACUCGUACUAUCUCCCUGAUUCCUACUUAUUUUUUCGCUAGGGCAUUCGUUUUUGAUCUUGUUCCGUGGGAUGAUCACACGCAUAUAUUGAAUUAAUCGGCUGUGUAGAUGGAUUUCGAUGGAGGAAAGCGAGUUUUUAAUAGAUUAGGGCCACCUCAGCAGCAGAGCGAUAAUAGAAAUCAGAAAGUAUGUUACCACUGGAGAGCGGGGAACUGCAAUCGGUUUCCUUGCCCUUUUUUACACAGGGAGUUGUCGGCGCCGGCUAAUGGAACGGCGUCGUCCAAGAGGCCUUAUGGUUUUGCGACGGAUGAUCAACGAUCGACGACGGCACGGAGAGGUGGUGGUUCUAAUUUUAACGGUCCAUCAUCAUGGGGACGGGGCGGUGGACGAGGAGGGAACGCUAUAAAUAAUAAUAAUAAUAGUAAUAGAGGAAUCGUUGUCAAGAAGACAGAAAAGAUAUGCAACUUUUGGGUACAAGGCAAUUGUAGUUACGGGGAUAAGUGCAGGUAUUUGCAUUCAUGGUGUACCGGCAGUUGUUUCGCCAUGCUAACUCAGCUGGAAGGCCACCAGAAGGUUGUUAGUGGCAUUGCACUACCAGCUGGGUCUGAUAAGCUGUACACGGGGAGUAAAGACGAAACCGUGAGGGUUUGGGAUUGCCAAUCUGGACAGUGUGCAGGGGUUAUUAAUUUGGGCGGUGAAGUGGGCUGUAUGCUCAGUGAAGGGCCAUGGAUGUUUGUGGGUCUACCAAAUCUUGUCAAGGCAUGGAAUGUGCAAACAUCUGCGGAUCUUAGUCUUAAUGGACCUGUUGGACAGGUGUAUUCUCUGGUUGUAGGCAAUGAUUUACUCUUUGCGGGUACACAGGAUGGCAAUAUAUUGGCAUGGAAGUUUAACGCUGUCACCAACUGCUUUGAACCAGCUGCAUCACUUCAAGGGCAUACUUCAGCUGUUGUGACACUAGUUGUUGGAGCUAAUAGAUUAUACUCUGGUUCCAUGGACAAAUCUAUACGGGUUUGGAACCUUGAAAAUUUGCAGUGUCUACAGACAAUGACAGAACAUACUUCUGUUGUGAUGUCGGUUCUUUGCUGGGAUCAGUUUCUUUUAUCAUGUUCACUGGACAAAACAAUAAAGGUGUGGGCUGCUACAGACAGUGGGAACUUGGAAGUAACUUACACACAUAACGAAGAACAUGGCCUGCUCACUUUAUGUGGGAUGCAUGAUCUAGAAUCGAAGCCAGUCUUGCUGUGCUCUUGCAAUGACAACUCCGUUCGUGCAUAUGACCUGCCAUCAUUUGCGGAAAGGGGAAAGAUAUUUGCAAAACAAGAGAUACGGUCCAUCCAUGGUGGUCCAAAUAUUUUCUUUACAGGCGAUGGAACCGGAGAAGUGAAGGUUUGGCAAUGGUUGGCUGAUCAAACAGCUACGCCCGCUUGAUGUUCGCUCAAUCAUUUGAGCGUUUUCCGUGUAAUAUUUAACUUUAAACACUGGGUGGCAUAUCGAGUUCUUUUUUCCAUGUGGGUGUAUCGUAAUUAUGGAGCCAUGGUCGUAAUUCACCACCUUGUAGUUGGUGGAAUUAGUAGAUUUUGUUGCUGCAUAUUGUAACAUUUUGGACAAUUCUUGUACUAGUAGAGGUGGUUGCAUAAUGGAAGUUUUCCAACUUAAUUU